AUGUCUACUGAUAUUUUGCGUGAUGAAGACCACAUACAAUCCAGGUCUAUCGCAGUCAUCACCUGCAGCACUCGUUCCUCCCGCAUCGGUCAUUUGAUCGCACAACAUAUCAUCGUCGAACUUGACUCUCAUCUCUCCAAGCUCAAGAGAAAUGAUCUUCAUCUGUCUCACAUUGACAUGCUCUCGCAUCCGCUAAAACUUCUCGAUGAGCCGGGCAUACCUUCUAAAUUUCCAGCAACAAACCCAACUGCACAUUACACAAAGGCACACACUCGUGAUUGGUCGAUCGAAAUUCUCAAACACAGUGCUUUCAUUUUCGUCGUUCCUCAGUACAACUGGGGCUAUCCGGGGUGA